ACACCAAGCUUGGUGGCCAAGAUUCUCCCUCUCUCUAGUCAAAGUCAAACCAAGUCGGCUCUUGCUCUGCCUCAUCCACUGGAAGUAUAAGAACAGCCGAACAGAGGCCACUGCUGCUACAUCGAGACAUCAAAGCGGCAAGAACACAGAUCAGCAAUGGAGGAAGCCAAGCCCGCGACGGCGAAGGCGCCCGUGGAGGUGACGCUCCGGAAGUUCGAGCUGUCCGACGUGGACGCCAUGAUGGCGUGGGCGUCGGACCCGCAGGUGGCCGCCGUCUGCCGGUGGGACCCCUACGAGUCCACGGAGCCCCUGCUCGCCUUCAUCCGCGACGUCGUGCUCCCGCACCCGUGGUUCCGCGCCAUCUGUGUCGCCGGCGGCGGGGACGAGGAGCCCCGCCCCGUGGGCGCGGUGUCCGUGUCGCCGACGGGGGACCCGUGCCGCGCCGAGCUCGGCUACGUGCUGGCGCGCGCGCACUGGGGCCGCGGCGUGGCGACGGCAGCCGUGAAGCGGACGGUGGCCGCGGUGUUCGGCGAGGUGCCGGGGCUGGAGCGCGUGGAGGCGCUGGUGGACGUGAACAACACGGCGUCGCAGCGCGUGCUGGAGAAGGCCGGGUUCACGCGGGAGGCCGUGCUCCGCAAGUACGGCGUCGUCAAGGGCGUCGUCCGGGACAUGGUCAUCUUCAGCUUCAUCAACACCGAUCCGGUGCCCGAGUGACUCGCACAAACAACGCGUUGAUGCGAAUCUGUUGUUGAAUAAGUACAUUUAUAGUUUGUAAAUCGGUGUCUGUAUCGAAUCUCCUCUGAUUUUGGGUCUUCGUUGGCAUUUCUUGGAUGGAAACUCCAUUGAUCUUACAUCUGUACAAUAGAUCCAUUGACGAGGAGAUCGUAAUUCAGAUUGAAGCUGAA